AAGUGCAAUUCCUCCACAGUGUAAGCAUCCCACGUUCGGGGGCGGCCGGUGGGAGGAGGCAAGAGAGUCCGCAGCUGCCUCUUUGACAGGUGCACGAGGAACGACGCAAGCUCCGCUCAUAACUACGUGAAGGCAGCAGCCGGCGGUUGCCCGUGGCAACCGGAGUCAUGUCAACAGAAGUCUUGGACUGAGGCGAUGGAGCGCCGCCAUUGGCUGGCAGAGGUGUGUGCAUUAUGCAUGAGUGCAGUCACCUUCUUGGCUCGCCGGCAGGUGAGCGACACCGACGGACCACCAAGUCCCGAGGACAUGGAGCUGACCGCCUCCUACGCCCGACCCAAGACCGGCCACUUCCUGCCGCCCAUCUCCACCACGGCGUCCAGCUACCGCCACGCCAACCACAGCGCCAACCAGUGGAGGAGCGCCAGCUACUACAAGACGGCGGCCGGCGCCGCCGUCCCCGGCCUGGACCUCUCGGCCAGGAGCGCCCGCUACACGCCCGACGACUGGUUCAGGUCCAACCAGACCUACUACCGCCAGUCGGAGGCCAGCCGCAACAGCGCCGAGAGACUCCGGCGGGACACGCUGAGGCUGAUCCAGGACAAGGAGCAGCUGACCCGCCGCACGCAGGAGACCAGCAGCAAGGACAUCGGCGAGCGCCUGGGCGACAUCGUCUUCUGGAGGUCCGAGCUGAGCCACGAGGUCGACAACGCCGUGACCGAGACCGCCGCGCUCGCCGAGGCCAAGCGCCGGCUGGAGAGAGCCCUGGCCGAGACCGAGGCGCCCCUGCAGGUGUCCCAGGAGUGUUUGUACCACCGGGAGAAGCGCAUGUCCAUCGACCUGGUCCACGACGACGUGGAGAAAGACCUGAUCAAGGAAGUGGAGGUCAUCAAGUCCUGCCAGGAGAGGAUGCGGCGACACUUGGAUCGAGCCGCCGCCCAGCUGGCGUCGAACCGAGCUGCUCAGCACCAGCUGGAGCAGGACCUGAGCGACAAAACGGCGGCGCAGAGGAUUGACGAGCGCUGCCACCGCCUGAGGAACAUGUCCGACGGCAUCAGCUUCUACCGGGGAAUCGAACGACUGGACCCCUCGCUGUCUCUGCCGGGGUCCUGGUCCAAGUUCUCAGACGACAACCUGCUGCGCUCGCAGAGCCAGCGGGCCGCCUCGCACAAACUGAGAGACGAGAUCGAGGUCCUGUUGGACGCCACCGCCGGCGACAUGUGGACGCAGUUCAACAACGUCAACGCCGCCUUCAGCGCCCGCCUCGCCCAGACGGCCGACGCCCGCAACAGCCUGCAGACGCACCUCGCCAAGACCCAGCAGGAGAUCUUCCAGACUGAGAUGCUGAUGGAGUCUCUGAAGAAAGCUCUGAGGGACAAAGAGAACCCUCUGAAGGUGGCCCACACACGGCUGGAGGAGAGAACCCGCAGGCCCAACGUGGAACUCUGCCGGGACAACCCUCACCACCGGCUGGUGAGCGAGGUGCGGGAGAUCGAGGACACGGUCCGCAAGCUGCAGGCGAGGCUGCUGGAGGCCGAGGGCAGCCUCCAGACCCUGGUCCAGACCAAGGCCGGCUUGGAGCACGACCUGUCCGUCAAGGCCAACUCGCUCUUCCUGGACCAGGACAAAUGCAUGAGCAUGCGCAAGAUCUUUCCCAGCAUGCCGCGCCUCGCCGGUUUCACUUAAACUCAUCCAUGACACGACACGUACUGUAUGUGAUAUUUACACAACAUCGAUGUGACACUUGUGUGUCCUUUUGUGUGAUCUGCAUGUGUCUUCAUGUCCGCCUCCACCACUAAACCUCUUCCGCUGGUGCUAAUAAAUCUUCUAACCGCA